GAACUGGCUCGUGGUCGAAUGAAUCGGUUUACUACGUACGAUGCUUGUAGUUUCCGGACCACAUCUACUUACCAUGACCGUCCUUCUAGAACUGCGUGCGUGAAGAUUUUCUCCUCUACAGCUACAACUCCUCCUGUCGUAAGCCUGCUGUCGUAAGUAAGUACUACACUCGGGCGGGGGCGGCAAAAAGAAGUAGACCGUUAGAAGUCGUGCGACCGUCCUCAAUUAUAGUAGAGUCUGGUCCGUCAGAAAAGCGAGAAAGUUCUAGUACAGCAGCUCUACGUCAAGUGAAUACUUUCUGAGCAGCACCACUUGACGAGCACGUAGUUUUGAAUUCACACCCUUGAACUAAUGAAUUCUCACAGUGUCACAGUUGUGAUUUUAUAAUUCCCCCCUCAGUAAACUACUACUACUCGACAUCAACCUUCUUUUGACAUCAUCAACAAUUUUGAAAACCAAAAUCCUUGUCAACAGCACACAACCGCGAUUUUUUUUCCCGAUUUAAAACUUACUAGUAUUCAGUGUAUAAUCAUACAAAAAGCAAACACAACGCUAUGACGACCAUCGACAGGCAAGCGUUCAUCACCAGCGACAGGCAGGGUAUGGAAGCGUCAGAAUCGAAAUCGACAAAAUCGAAAAAUUUGUAAUGCAUAAAGUGGAGGGCACGUAUGGCCUGCGUUGGGGAGCAGGCAAAUGAGACCGAUUGCAAGCCUGUUUAGGGGAAGGCAAUGUGCUGCCAGAGUAGCAUGACAGGAGCAGUCCUCUUUGCCCAAACAGCAUGACAAACUGGAUUUUGGUGCAGCUCCCAGAAUUUGUCAUGCGCCAGUUGGAAACCGAAACUGAGGCUCCAACUGGUACUAUCCAUUUUAUGCAUCGCAAAUCCUUUCGAUUUUGUUGAUUUCGGUCCUGACGCUUCCAUACAGGGUGGCCUGCUGGAGUGGUAUGAGGUCGAAACCAAGGCUAUCAAAUGCAAAUAUGUCGGGGUCUGGAAGGUUGGAAGACUUGUCAUGCAGGUUUUCCAUGACGCGUGAAGUCUGUCAUACAUGACCCAGCAUGCCAGAUUCUCCCCGACCUCUAUCAUGCCUCGCCUGCAUGAGAAACUCCCUCUCAGCUUGGUCAAAAGUGGACAGCUUUUGAUGGUAAGUAAUCACGCAACACAGAUUUUUGCACCAUCCAGAAGUAGCAUGACAAGUUUGCAUCCUUUCAAGUUCAGACAUAUUUGCAAUGCAUAAAGGCGAUGGGAACGGGGACCUACGGGUCCGUCGUGAAGGCCGUCGAAAAGAUAUCAAGCAAAAAAGUGUUGACGUUAACGGUUUUGAGGCAUUGCAGUCAUGCAUGACAAAUUUUUGCUAUCGUGCAUGCUAUGCAAUACAAAUUUGGGCUUCGUUUCUCGUGCAUUCCUGCAUCACAAAUUCCGUUAACGUUAGCAUUUUUUCCUGUGAUAAAAGAAGACCAAGACCGUGCGAGCCUGCAAGGCCAUGGCCAGUAUUGAUUUGUUUUGAUCAUGCAUAAUCGAACGCCGCUAAUGCCGCAUUACAUUUCGUUAUUGAGCUGCAGGUAGUUCUUUCUGAUGUCGUGUUGAUAUGCAGUUAGUAAGUGGAGUUGGACAAAAAUCACAAACAAUGACCAUGACUACAACUUCUACUCAAAAAUAUGGUUAUCAAAUGAAUCUCGCUUAUCAGGAAAAAACAUCAAGAACGAGAAGCGAUUCCGGGAAGAAAUCGACCUGAUGAAACGACUCGACCACCCCAACAUCAUCCGAUUGUUCGAUAUCAAAUGCAAAUAUCCCUGGAUGUCGGGAAACUUGUGAUGCAAGGAAGGGAAUAGUGAAAACACUGUAACGCGCUGCCCAGCAUGACAAGUUUUGCAGUGGUUCUGAGUUGCGUACCCCGCAUGAGAAACGGCGUUUUUGCAUGACAGGCAAGCGGAGCAGCUUUUCCGACGGCCCUACGCAAUACAGAGUUCAGAGUCAUGCCAGACUAGCAUGACAAAUCUCGCAAUCUCCCAGACAUCCAGGGAUAUUUGCAGUUGAUAUUUGAGACGUUCGAGGAUCACAAAAACAUCUACCUCAUCCUCGAACUGUGCACCGGUGGGGAGCUGUUCGACGCGAUUGUCUCUGCGGGGUUUUUGAUGGAAAAGGACGGCGCCGUUUUGAUCAAGCAGAUGCUGGCCGCGAUUUACUACCUCCACGAAAACAAGAUCAUGCACCGCGACUUGAAGCCGGAGAACUUUCUGUUUUACAACAAGGAAAUAUGAGAUUGCACAACUCCCCCUCCCCCUCAUUUGUAAUGCAAAUGACCAAAUCCCAGCGCCAGCUUGUGGCACUGUUUGCAUGACAGAUUCCGGAAGGAGCCCAAACAGUACUACACUAGAACUGCGUGAACUUGUCAUGCGCAGGCCAUGCGUCUGCUGGUUGUUGUAAUGCUGUUCAUGCCAUACAAAUGAGGGAGAAGGGGAGUUGUGCACUCUCAUAGGAAAAGGGCGCGCCGUUGAAGGUGAUUGACUUCGGGUUGGGGGCCAAGUUUGAAAAGGGCGACCGCAUGACCACCAAGGCUGGUAUAGAUACAAGUAGAUGGAUCGAUUUUAAAUGAUGUGUUUGAAGACCAUGCAAAAUAAUCGUCAAGAUCAAGGAAUGCAACGAUGUUUUAGGAGUUUGCAAUGCAGCUUGUCGCAGUCCAAAUAAACCAAGUAAACUCAAACUGUCUAUUGUGCACCAUUCUUCUUGCGUGGCAACAAGACUUCAAACGAUCUAAUAUCCCAAACAAACACAAUCACAACGAUCAAUCAACAAUUCCAGGCACACCGUACUACGUGGCUCCGCAGGUGUUGAAGGGUGAUUACAACGAAAAGUGCGACAUCUGGUCGAUCGGUGUCAUCAUGUUCAUUCUCCUUUCCGGGUACCCGCCGUUUUACGGGGAGAAGGACUCCGAAAUUCUCCAGAAGGUCCGCAAGGGCAAAUUUUCCUUUCCAACGGAAGCGGAAGACGGCGUGGAAUUUUCCGGGGGUGCCAAGGACCUCAUCACGAAAAUGUUGACCUACGCCGAGGAUGACAGGGUAUUUGUUAUUCAACAGUUUGUGAUGCGGAGUUCGGAUUAAUUUUGAUAUAUCAAUCUGAUUUAGGUAUAGGUUUGUAUUGCAAUUUCUUGCCACGGUCGAUGACAAGCAAGUUCUGUGAUGCAAAAAAACGAAAACCACCAGAUGUCCGCCCAAGCCGCUUUGGAGCACAAGUGGUUCACGGAUGUCGGCACAACAGCCCAGACCGAGGGCAAAGUGUCCAACAAGGCCAUGGUGAACCUGAAAUCGUGGCACGGCACCCAGCGAAUCAAGAAGAUCGCGCUCACCGCCAUCGCAACCUCCCUCACCGAGGCGGAAAUCGGAAAUUUGAAGGAGACCUUCCAGACCCUGGACAAGAACGGGGACGGCACGUUAACCCUGGAAGAGGUGAAGAACGGGUGCAAAAAGCAGAACGUGCCGCUCCCCGCCAACUUCGAGGAGAUCUUUGCCUCCAUCGACAGUGACGGAAGUGGCAAGAUCGACUACACCGAGUUUAUCGCCGCCACCAUGGAAACCAACUUGCACCACCGGGAGGACUUGCUCUGGUCCGCGUUCCGGGUCUUCGACAUCGAUGGCGACGGUAAGAUCACGUUGGACGAGUUGGCGCGAUAUGCAUUGCAAAUGUGUCUGGGUCUGGAAACCUGUAAUGCUGCGUUGUGUAUAGUGAAUGCUCUGUUAUGCACAGCCAAGCAAGAGAAGUAUUGCCGCGGCCUAGUGUUGCGCUUUCCGCAUGACAAACUGCGUUUUUGCACGACAAGCAGAAGUGUCUCGUUUUGGACACGCAUCACAAACUCUUCAAUCAUGCCAGACAAGCAUGACAAACUCUGCAUCCUUCCAGACCCGGACAUAUUUGCAAUGCAUACGCGAGUGGUCAAGGGUGACGGCGGCCUGCAGGAGAACUUGCCCAAGAAGGAGCUCGACAAGAUUGCGGACCUGAUGAAGGAGUACGACACCAACAAGGACGGCUGCAUCGACUUUGACGAGUUCAGGGAAAUGAUGCGCGACCAGAUAUGCUGAGUAAAAACGUACCCAUAUCCCCAAAGUUGUCAUGCAAAUCUGCAUGCUGAAAAUGUUUCUCAUGCAGAGAUCAUAAGAAGCAUUUUGUACAGUAGUGUUUUGGAGUUCUUUGUGAUGCUCGAAUCAGCAUGAUGCGCUAGAUCUGUGAUGCUGCUGAACUAUAGCUGAACAGGAUUACACUAUGCCGCAAAUUUAUUGUGAUGCGAAACAGCCGAAGCUGGCUGAUUUGUCUAGCAGAUUUCCCGUCUUGUUGACUCUUUUGUGGGGACGUUUAUUUUGUUCGGGAUACCAGACCGUGAACCCGACGGCGUAA